GUUUUUCUGGGUGGAUGAAUGAUAAUAAUAAAGCUUUUGUGCUUUAAUGGAAGGACCUUGACACACACCUCUCUCUCUCUCUCGUCGCUGUUCGUCUUCUCUACUAGUACCUUACUCUGAUCGAUCGUCUUCUUCUUCGUGAGCUUCGUUUUCCCUUUGAGUUGAAGAAAACAAACUAAAGUAUCUUCCAAAUGUUAUCAGAAGAGGAGCUACAGAGCAAUGUCUCUGUAGCUAGUUCACCUACUAGCAACUGCAUCUCUAAAGGAGGAGGACUCAAGGUGCAUAACUACUUUGGUCUCUCUGAUUCCUCCUCUGUUGAGAGCUCAACUCUCUCCGGCAAUGUUGAAGAUGACAAAGCCACUAUCAGCCUCAAGGCUACGGAGCUGACUCUUGGUCUACCUGGAUCACAGUCUCCUGCUAGAGAGACAGAGCUUGAUGAGAAGCCCUUCUUUCCUUUGCUUCCUACCAAAGAUGAGAUUUUCUCGUCUUCACAAAAGAACAUUGCCUCAGGGAACAAAAGAGGGUUUUCUGAUACGAUGUAUACUGAGAAAAACUGGAUGUUUCCUGAAGCGGUAGCUACACAAUCUGUAGUAAAUAAGGAAGUGACACAAAACAUACCCAAAGGACAGCUGGGCACUUUGAACAAUAGCUCUAGCCCUCCUGCAGCCAAGGCACAGAUUGUUGGUUGGCCUCCAGUGAGAUCCUACAGGAAGAACACACUGGCCACGACUUGUAAGAACAGUGAUGAAGUUGAUGGGAAGCCAGGUUCCGCGGCCCUCUUCGUGAAGGUCAGUAUGGAUGGUGCUCCUUAUCUGAGGAAAGUUGACCUGAGGAGCUACACUAACUACGGGGAGCUUUCUUCAGCCUUGGAGAAAAUGUUCACAACCUUCACUCUCGGUCAAUGUGGAUCUAAUGGAGCUGCAGGGAAGGAUAUGCUUAGUGAGACCAAACUCAAGAAUCUUCUGAAUGGAAAAGACUAUGUACUCACCUAUGAGGACAAGGAUGGUGACUGGAUGCUUGUUGGAGAUGUUCCAUGGGAGAUGUUUAUUGAUGUGUGCAAGAAGCUGAAGAUAAUGAAAGGCGCUGAUGCCAUUGGGUUAGCUCCGAGAGCAAUGGAGAAAUCGAAGAUGAGAGCUUAAAAGACUGGGGGGAAAAUGAAAAAAAAGCUUUCUAACUAUACAAAAUAUGUGCAAUUGAGAUUAUCCCUUUUGGUGGUGUUUUUAAAUUUUCAAAACAUCUUUUUAGUUUCUGAGAUUAUGAAGAAAACAUAAAAAGACUACGUUUGUAAUGAAAUGAAGAAGAAUUGAAAAUUAUCUAUUUUGAUGUUGUGGCUG